AUGUCGCAAGCUGACAAUGAUGAUGAUUCGUUCAUAAUCAUUUUGGGCUCUUCCCCGGGAAGCUUAGAGGGAAAAAGCAAUGGUGCUGUUUUGGAAGUACCAAGUGGAAGUGUCGAGACUCCAAUCCUGGAUGAUGUCAUUAAGGAUCUGCCUGAACAAGCAAACAAGGCCUUUAAGGCACAAUUCAGCCUUGGUGAUAGUCCAUCCCCUGCAAGUAUGAUGGUGGCUAGUACUCUAAUUACUGAUGACCGAAGUACAGAAGAACUACAGAAACGGUUUGGAGAACUCUUAGAUGAGAAUGUUGUAUUAAAGGAGACACUGAAGCAAAAUAAUGAUUCUUUGAAGGAGCAGUUUUCAUUGAUUGCCUCAUGCCAGGAUGAUAUGCUCCAAACACAUAAAUUACAUAAAGAGAAAUUUGAUGAAACUAGGGCACUUGUUGAAAAGUUAAGAUUACAGAACCGAAAACUUAAAGAAGAGAUUGUGCUUAUUACUAAAACCAAAGAGAUGUCACUGACCAAUGGUGUUAAGUCUGGUCCAUCAUCAGGAGUAGAAUUUGUGACAUCGCCAGAUGACGAUACAAUUAAUAAACUAACAGCCCAGUUGGAAUUGGUAGAGAAGCAAAGAAGACAGGUGAUAGUUGACAAUGAAAAACUUACAUGGCAAAGGGAAUCCCUAGAGCAUAUAGUCAAUGCCACUUCCAAGGAAAGGGACGAUUUAAAAGGCAAAUUGAAUACUACAGAGUUGUUAUUAUCAAGUAAAGAAAAAAACCACACAGAAGAGUUAAAACAGUUGCAUGGCACAAUUGAAGAGUUGCAAAAAAAGAUGAAAUUUAUGGCUAUGAAUGUUCACAACAACGAAAUACAGAAGAGAGAUGAAGUAAUACAGAUUCUAGAAGGGAAAGUGUCGUCACUACUGAACGAUCUGAAAAAGGCACAGAUUACAAUAUUAGAUUUGGAAAAUAUUAAGUUGGAGUUUGCAAAAUACAAAGGUGGUGUCUCCGAUAUGGUGAAGACAUACAAAGAGCAAAUAAUGGAGUUAAAUACCAGAAUAAAAUCUUGCCAGACUAUGGUGUUCCAACCAGUACAUAUGACAAUGAAUUGUGAAGGUGAAGGGUCCCCGCAUUACAAAGGGUAUCUCGCCAAUGUUAAACUAUACGAUCGCACACUUAAACACAUAGCUGAAUAUCUCAAUAACUUGACAAAUGGCGCUCAAUUGAAAGGUACUUUUACAAUAUUCGAAGGAAUAUUCAAGGAUUACAACGAGCUGUUGAAGAAAACAUUGACGAAACGAGAAGAGACCCCUGGCGUGGAGCAAUUAACAGCGGCACUAGUAGCACGAGGGGAAGAGGUUCAAAGCCUGGAAAACGAAAUUGUGAUGCUCGCCGCUCAUAAUGAAGACUGUGAACUAUUGAGGGCUCAAGUUGAAUUGUACAAGAGUGACUUCGAGGCGGAACGUAAAUCGCGUGAAGAAAUGGUCGCUGAGAAAGAGAAAAUUGCGACUGACCUCAGAGUUUUACAGAAAAAGCACGCGGAGAUGUCAAGUCAGCUGCAAGAAGUUCGCAAAAUGAGUCCUAGUGUGUUCAAAACGGCUUCAGCCCGUAUCUCAGCCACCUCAGCCAAAACAUCGACUUCCCCUGGAUCUGUGGCCGCCAAUACAGCCUCUGUAUCAGCCAUUUCUGGUUCUGCUGAGGGCGUGACUCGAAAAAAGAAGAUCGUAAAAGAAGAAAAGAACGGAGUACACGAGACCACGCCCCCUGCGAUACGCUACGACUGUCCGGUGUGCGAUAAGCCGUUCAAAACUCUGAUACUAUUACAACAACAUGUCGAUUCAUGUUUAUUAUAA